CGGAGGCGGGCCUUAACGCUCCCAGACUCCCGCCACCUCCCUCUCCCCUCCCCGACGAUUUAAGAACAGCGUGAAAAAACUAGUCAAGUGGCUUGGGUGGUUUCGCGGGGCCUUAUGGCUGCUUCUGGGACGCUGAGCACUUUCCGCCUUCCGCCGUUGCCCACGAUUCGAGAAAUCAUUAAGUUGUUCAGGCUGCAAGCGGUGAAGCAGCUAUCCCAGAAUUUUCUCCUGGACUUGAGGCUGACAGAUAAAAUUGUAAGGAAAGCUGGCGAUCUGACAAAUGCUUAUGUUUAUGAAGUGGGCCCUGGGCCAGGGGGAAUCACAAGAUCCAUUCUCAAUGCCAAUGUUACUGAACUUCUGGUGGUUGAAAAGGAUAGUCGAUUUAUUCCUGGAUUACAGAUGCUUUCCGAUGCAGCACCUGGAAAACUGAGAAUUGUCCAUGGUGAUGUGUUGACAUAUAAGAUAGAAAGGGCUUUUCCAGAAAGUCUUAAAAGACGGUGGGAAGAUGAUCCUCCAAAUGUACAUAUUAUUGGAAAUCUGCCUUUUAGCGUAUCAACUCCACUGAUUAUCAAGUGGCUUGAAAAUGUUUCUUGUAAAGAUGGACCUUUUGUUUAUGGCAGAACCCAGAUGACAUUGACUUUCCAAAAGGAAGUGGCAGAGAGACUUACAGCCAGUACAGGAAGCAAACAGCGCAGUCGCCUUUCUGUUAUGGCCCAGUACCUCUGCAACGUUCAGCACAUCUUGACCAUUCCGGGUCGGGCUUUUGUCCCUAAACCAGAGGUGGACGUGGGCGUGGUGCACUUCACGCCCCUGACGCGGCCCAGGAUAGAGCAGCCAUUCAAGCUGGUGGAGAGAGUCGUGCAGAACGCAUUUCAGUUCCGAAGGAAAUACUGCUAUCGAGGCCUGGGGAUGUUAUUCCCUGAAGUUCAGCGCGUGGAAAGCACUGAGAAACUGUUAGAAUUGGCAGACGUGGACCCUACCCUUCGACCCAGCCAGCUCUCUGUCUCCCAUUUUAAGAGCCUCUGUGAUGUGUACCGGAAAAUGUGUGAUGAAGACCCACACCUCUUUACUUAUAAUUUCAGAGAAGAACUCAAGCAAAAUAAAAGCAAAAAUCAGGAAAGAGAGAACGACAAGGAGAGAUCCCGACGAUAGCUGCCGCUUCGGUGGCAAGCAGCUUUGCGGAUGUUGGUUUUCCCAAAGUUGAGCUGCUCAGAGGUACACUCUUUGGUCCUCUUUGGAAGGACAAUAAAAAUACGAUGACCA